AUGGGUGAGGAUCAUAUAUGGGUGUGUUCGGUAAAAGAGAACAAGAAUGACGAGAGGAGGUUCUCAAUAAGCACCGGAACCAAGAAGAGGCUGCACCUUAGGGCUGAGAGCAGGGACGACCGGGAAGUUUGGGUGCAAGCCAUUAUGGCCGUUAAGGAAAUGUACCCUCGUCUCUCCAACAAAGAGAUCAUGGCCCCUGUUGCCUCCGUCGCCGACUCUACUAGCAAGCUUCGCCAACGCCUUCUUCAGGAAGGCAUCAGCGAAGCUGCCAUUCGAGACUGCGAGGAUAUUAUGGGAGCAGAGGUCUUAUACUUGCGGAAGCAAAUUGUUGCUCUCAAACAUAAGCAGUUGAUGCUAAUGGACACACUCCGCCAUCUUGAGACAGAGAAGGUUGACCUGGAGAACACACUUGUUGACGACAUAAAAUCAAAGGAUAAUGAUCCCUCCUAUCAUUCUUCUCAUGAAAAAUAUAGUGAUGGAAGUGUGAGUGAUUCUUCAGAUGAGCAUGAUAGACAUGAAGAUCAAUUUGAUGAUGAACAUAAUGAUGCAUUCUUUGACACACAAGAUUUUCUUUCUAUAAGCCAUGACUCUGAAGAAGAAGAAGAGGAUGAGGACUAUGAUGAAAAUACUCCAAAUGAAAGUGAAAAAUCUUCAAGAAGACUUAGUUGUGUUGGAUUGUUCAAGUAUCCACAAGUGAAGAGGAGAACAAAGUUGCCAGAACCAGUUGAGAAGGAAAGUGGAGUGAGUCUAUGGUCAAUAAUAAAAGAAAACAUAGGAAAAGAUCUUACAAAAGUGUGUCUUCCUGUUUACUUCAAUGAACCACUCUCAUCAUUGCAAAAGUGUUGUGAAGAUAUGGAGUACUCUUACCUUCUAGACCGAGCAUCUGAAUGGGGUAAAAUGGGUGAUAGUUUGAUGAGGGCACUCCAUGUAGCAGCAUUUGCAGUUUCAGGGUAUGCAAGCACCAGUGGUAGAAGUUGCAAACCUUUUAACCCAUUGUUGGGUGAGACUUAUGAGGCUGAUUUUCCAGACAAAGGCUUUCGCUUUAUCUCUGAGAAGGUCAGUCAUCACCCCAUGACUGUUGCAUGCCAUUGUGAUGGCAAUGGCUGGAAAUUUUGGGGUGACAGCACCUUAAAAAGCAAAUUCUGGGGAAGAUCCAUUCAGCUUGAUCCUAUUGGUAUUUUGACUUUGGAAUUUGAUGAUGGAGAAAUCUUUCAAUGGAGCAAGGUGACAACAUCAAUUUACAACCUUAUUCUAGGAAAACUCUAUUGUGAUCAUUAUGGUACAAUGAGGAUAGAGGGAAACCGUGACUUUUCAUGCAAGAUUAAAUUCAAAGAGCAAUCAAUCAUUGAUAAAAACCCUCACCAGGUGCAAGGCGUAAUAGAAGAUAAAUAUGGAGAAACAAUGGCAAAUAUAUUUGGAAAAUGGGAUGAGAGCUUGGUCUAUGUUAUUGGAGGGAAUUCUAAUAAUAAGAAGAAAGGAGGGAAAGGCUCUAAUUCUUCUAAACCCAUUCUCAUUUGGAAAACCAACCCACCACCUGAACACCAAACAAAAUAUAACCUUACACAAUUUGCCAUUACACUUAAUGAAAUCACACCUCGACUCCAGGAAAAGUUGCCACCAACAGAUUCAAGACUAAGACCAGAUCAAAGGUAUUUAGAAAAUGGAGAGCAUGACAUGGCCAAUUCUGAGAAGUUGCGGCUGGAACAAAGACAGAGAGAGGCAAGGAAGUUGCAAGAGAGGGGUUGGAAACCAAAGUGGUUUGUUAAGGAAAAUGGAAGUGAAAGUUAUAGUUAUAAUGGUGGAUAUUGGGAAGCUAGGGAAAUUGGAAAUUGGGAAUCUUGUCCUGACAUUUUUGGCCAAAUCUUAAAUACUUCCGAGUCUAAUUCCCCAACUACAUGAACUCUCAUUGAACUUUUUAAGGCCACUUAUUAAAGUUUAUUUUUUUAAAAUAUAUAAUAUAAGGAUUUCCUAGCUAACUAUUUUCUAUAAUUUUUUAAAAAUAGUUUGAUGUAUAUAAUGUAUUUUAAACUUCAAAUUAUUUUAAUUUUUCUAAGUGUCUUUAAAAGUACUCGUUAUUAAAACUCAUAAUUAUUCUCAACAGAAUAGCUUUCCAAUUCCAACCGAUAACAAUAUUAUUUCUUGCUGUCAUUUGCUCAAUUAUUUCAAUGUUAGGUUUCGGAAUUCGGUAUAAAAGUCAUAGUUGAUUAGAUUCUCUUGUUUAUGAGAAGUAAAAAAAACUCAUUAAUUGUAAUUGAACAUACAUAAACAAUGUUCUUGUAAUGUAUA